UUCACUGAAAUGAUUUUCAGUUGUAUGUGUGAAAGCAUUUCAGUUGUAUGUGUGAGUGGUUUUCAUUAUAGUAUGUAAAAGACUUUGGUUUCACAUGUGUCUGUGAGAGGAUAAUUCUGAAAAAAGUCCCGUACGGCACCUCAUAUAUCCUAACGUCAAAUCCUCCUCCUCCUUUUCUAAAGGCUUGCCCGGCAACUAGUCUCAGGGGAUCUCCGAUAUUUUAUAAGGAGACGUGUUGGGGGCGUGGAGAGCUAGAAGAGAACUUUUAAUAAGUUUUGGGUCUGUUGUGUAAGAGGAAACUAAUCCUGUACCAGCCACCGUCUCCAGUUUCUCCUCCUGCAUUUUUGCGCUCAGCCAUCCGCGGACAAAUGAAAGCGGUGCACCCUAAGCGGAGCGCUCUGCUGCGGCUCUGCCUCCUCCUGCUGUGCUUCACUGUGUCCCCCUCGGCGGCCUGGGACCUGGUUCUCCUCCACACCAACGACGUGCAUGCCCGGGUAGAGGAGACCAGCACGCACUCGGGGAAAUGCGACGGUAGUGGCCAGUGUUUCGCUGGCGUGGCCCGGAGAGCCACGAUGAUCAAGAAGAUCCGCAACACCGAGAGCAACGUGCUGCUGCUGGACGCCGGAGACCAGUUCCAGGGCACCGUCUGGUUCAAUUACUACAAGGGAGCCGAGGCUGCGCAUUUCAUGAACAGCCUGCGAUACGAUGCCAUGACGCUUGGAAACCAUGAGUUUGACAAUGGCGUAGAGGGACUAAUGAAACCGUUCAUGGAGCAGAUCAAGUGUCCAGUUCUCAGUGCAAACAUCAAAUCUGACAAAACUCUGGCCCCGACUUUUGGAAUCUCUUAUGAACCUUAUAAGAUAGUGACUGUUGGAAAGCAGAAGGUGGGCGUGGUGGGAUACACGUCACAGGAGACGUCCGCUCUGUCCAAACCCGGACCACACCUGCGGUUCGAGGACGAGGUGACCGCCAUGCAGCCUCACGUGGACAAACUUCAGAAAUUGGGAGUCAACAAGAUCAUCGCUCUGGGUCACUCUGGUUUCACCAUGGACCAGGAGGUCGCCAGGAAGGUUCGUGGAGUCGACGUUGUCAUCGGCGGUCAUAGCAACACUUUCCUCUAUACAGGAGCCCCCCCGUCCACUGAGGUCCCUGCAGGUCCGUAUCCGUUCAUUGUGAAGUCAGAUGACGGGCGGCAGGUUCCUGUGGUGCAGGCCUAUGCCUUUGGAAAAUAUCUGGGUUAUCUGAAGGUGACUUUUGAUGAGGCUGGAAAUGUGGUGAAGUCCACAGGAAACCCAAUUCUACUGGACAGCAGCAUCCCACAGGAUCCAGAUGUUCUUGCUGAUGUGGAAAAAUGGAAAAAGAACCUGGCCAACUACUCGGCUCAAGUGGUGGGAAAAACUCUGGUCUUCCUCAGUGGAGACAACAAGGACUGUCGGUUUCAGGAAUGCAACAUGGGAAACCUGAUCUGUGACGCAAUGAUUGAGAACAACAUUCAAUUCUCAGACGGCAUCCAGUGGACCCACGUCAGUGCCUGCAUCUUCAACGGAGGAGGCAUCCGGGCGUCGAUCGAUGAACACACUAGGAACGGUUCAAUCACCAUGGAGGACCUGAUCUCCGUCUUACCCUUCGGAGGAACCUUUGACCUGGUGCAGCUGAAAGGCUCCACGCUGAGGAAAGCCUUUGAACACUCGGUGCAACGCUACGGCCAGAGUACCGGAGAAUUCCUGCAAGUGUCUGGGUUCCACGUGGAGUUUGACCUCGCCCAACCACCGCAGCAGCGCGUGAGGAGCCUCAGCAUCCUCUGCACAAAGUGUCGCGUACCUCGCUACGAGCCGGUUCAGGAUGACACUGUUUAUAAAGUGGUGCUGCCGUCCUACCUGGUGACAGGUGGAGACGGAUUCUCUGUGAUCAAAGAGGAGAUGCUCAAACACGACAGCGGGGAUUUGGACAUUUCAGUUGUGUCCAGCUACAUCUCACAAAGAAAGACGGUCUAUCCUUCUGUUGAAGGACGCAUCAAGAUCUACAAUGCAGCUUCUAGACUAAGCACUCCACUGGUUUGGCUGGGACUGGUCUGGACUCUGUGCGGGAGCAUGUAAGACUGAAUCCAUCCAGGAAACACAGCAGAAAAGGUUUUUUGAUCCAACUUUGUUUUUAUAAGCAGCAUGUGGCUAUAAUCCUCCAGGACUGGUGAAGAUAUCUGGCCUUAUUUUAAACUGAAGCGCUCCAGUGGCCAGUUUUUUCCCAGACUGUCUAGCUGGGAGUGUCUUGAAUCUCCAUUUGGACCAAGUUUGGACAACACUGCUAAAAACACAUCUAAAAUGUUAAGUGCUAACUGCUAAGCUGCAGUUCCUCUAAUGACCACUAGCAGCUGCAUUGAGCUGAAUGACAAUCCUGCAACUUUCUGUAGUAGUAUAGAGUCUGUCAUUUUUCUUGGUGGCAGUUUGGAAAACAAUUGAUGAAUUUGUGAAGGUAUUGCAAUGUAAAAUGCCAAAGUGUCGAUGCAUUAGCUCGACUGACGUCACACUCAGCUCCAGCGGCUCGUCCCAGUAUUCGUAACCAUAAACAAUGUGUUUUGUACAAAGUCUUUUAUGCUCUCUGGCUGUGUUUGCAGUUUGUCUCUGUUCGUUUCAUUCCGAAUAUUGUCUCAUCCCGUUCCCUAAUAUUGCAGCUGGUUCUGGUCGUUCAUGUAACAACACGUUUCACCUUUCGUUGUUGGUCCCUGUAGUGUUGACCAGUAUCCAACCUCGGUCUACGGCUUCAUCUGUAGAUUUUGUUCAUGUGUUUGCCUCAUUCUGUUUUUAACCCAUGUUUUCUUGUGCAGCUAACAUUUGAGUAUGAAGUGUUAUGAAUACUAAAGCUUGCAUGUAAAUCUGGACUUGGUGAUAAAGUAUUUUAAACUAUAGCCUGACUAUUUGAGACCAACUUUGACAUUUGGCUUUAAAAAGCCUGAUCAUGCUGCACUGAUCCUUAAAAACAACAAUGUGACAUAUUUUUACUGAGGAUUCUUGAAACUGGGCCAUUAAAGAAUCUGAUGAAAACCUGUCAGAAUCUUUUGAUCAGGUGGCGAAUGGGGCGUCAUGGCUGUUGUUGACGUUUGUCUUUUCCUUGCUGUGAAGCAACACGUUCAGGCUGGAGCAUGCCGAGUGCGUCAGACACAGUCCAAGCAGCAUUUUCAGCAAGACGCCUGAAACUGCGGGAAUCUCAGAAGUAGGUGGAAAAUGUUCUUUAUCUGUGUGCAACGUCCGGUGUUUCAGCCAGAGAUCCUCCGUGACACAGUCCAAGUGGAGUGAACAAGGCUUCUCUGUGUGAGGGGUCUCCCAAACAUCCACUGCAUAAUAAUGCUUGGGAACUCUGGGCUUCAGUGAGCCCGAGGCAGCCGGCAGCAGCUGCCAACUGCAGAAAAACAUCCAGAUUCCAAGGCUUGGCAGAGACUGUUCUCACUCUCACUCUGUGCUGUGGAUCCACAGUAAAGACACACACACUUGUUUUUACUCAUCUGCUGUGAUGCAAGUCCAUUUUCUCCACUGAAGAUUCCAGUGAAGUUUAUUCAGAUUAGUUGAACACAUCCAAACCAUCAGAUUAAUGGAUUGGUAGUCAAUGACCAUGGAGUUCACUCACAUUUCCAGAAAAUACUGCAGUACAUUUGUACGUCAGCACAGCUACAUCUGCUAAAAAAAA